AUGAAGUUAUUUUCAGAUUUGCAAUGGUCAAUAAAUAAUGCAUUAUGCCUGAGAGACUUGCUGUGUUCACUUUUGCAUUUGUGUGUCUUCAAACCAAACUAUGGAAAUUUUCUACACAAUAUUCAUCCAACUUAUUUAAAUUAUUCUUCAAU